UUGCAGUGCGAUGUCUUGGAUCAGAAUUUGUUAAAUUUCCUCCCAGAACAAGAACAUUCAGAAAUUUAUAAGAUGUUAUCUUCGUGUAUGCUUAUGACGGAUUCUGCCUCAUCGGAUUACCUAAAAACUGACAAUGAACUGGAGUUUUAUUGUCAUCUUCUGAGAGGAAGUUUGAACCCAAAGGAAUUUCCAACAUACGAAUACAUAAAAUUUGUAGGAAAUUUUCGGUCUUACAGCAAUGUGCCUAACUCCACUUGCAAUGGCUUUGACGAGGCUGUCCCAAGGGCUUACAGAGCACCCCCAGGGAAGCAGAUCUGCUUCGUUGCGACUGUUCGUUUGGCAACGCCUCAGUUUUUAAAGGAGAUGUGCAUCGUGGAAGAGCCUCUAGAGGAAUUCACAUCAAGACACAGUCUGGAGUGGAAAUUUUUAUUCCUGGAUCACAGAGCACCGCCGAUUAUAGGAUACUUGCCUUUUGAAGUGCUGGGUACUUCUGGCUACGACUAUUACCAUAUCGAUGACCUAGAGCUGCUAGCAAGGUGCCAUGAACACUUGAUGCAAUUUGGCAAGGGGAAGUCGUGCUGCUAUCGGUUUCUGACCAAAGGACAGCAGUGGAUCUGGCUGCAGACCCAUUACUAUAUCACCUACCACCAGUGGAACUCCAAGCCAGAGUUCAUUGUGUGCACGCACAUGGUGGUAAGUUAUGCAGAUGUUCGAGUGGAGAGAAGACAGGAGAUGGGCUUGGAAGAAGUGUCCUCAGAGGUUGUGUCCUCAGCACUAAAGGACAGUGGCACCAGCUUGGAUCCUGAACAGCACUUUAAUGCACUCGAUAUUGGUGCCUCAAUCCUCAGCGCUAGUCGGACACCCUCAGUGUCAUCCAGAAGCUCACCAAAAUCUUCCCACACACCCAAGUCGGACCCAGCAUCUACACCAACAAAACUGCUUGCAGAGUCUAACACUCCCUUGCCAAGAACGCCAAGCGCGCAGCAGGAUUUAUCCGUGCACAGACUCAGUCAGCCUACUGCUCUUCAGGUUUCUUUGCCUUCUCAGCCUUCAUGUGAGCUUCUCCCACAGCAGCUGCUGCCUCAAGUGACUCUACAAAAUCAGCCUGCACCUCUGGCACAG